GCGGCGGCGGCGGCUGCAGCUGCACAUUGUUCCCCGCGCGCCCCCCGCCGCCUCGGACCCCGGGCCGGCCAUGGACGGCCGCGAGCCGGCGCCGAGCGGGAGGCUGUGAGCCCGCCGCCGCGCGCCCCUCCCCGAGCCCGUGUGCGUGGACGGCGAGGGCGGGACCGGAGAGGAGGCGAGGGGGACAUGACCCGGGCCACUCGCGCCGGGCAGCCGCCGCGCCGCUGAGCCGCCCGCCCCGCCCGGCCGCCCGCCCGCCGCCCGCGCACGCUGCCCGCCGCCGGAGCGCAGCCCUCGGACCCGCGUGGCCGCAGCCCCGCGCCCGAUGGCCCGGAUGGGGCCGGCGGGCGCCGCUGGACGCUGGUGGGGACUCGCGCUGGGCUUGAGCGCCUUCUUCCUCCCAGGUGCCCGCGCCCAGGCCGUGCAAGUGAACGACUCCAUGUCCGGCUUCAUCGGCACCGACGUGGUGCUGCAUUGCAGCUUCGCCAACCCCCUGCCUGGCGUGAAGAUCACGCAGGUCACGUGGCAGAAGGCCACCAACGGCACCAAGCAGAACGUGGCCAUUUACAACCCCUCCAUGGGCGUCUCGGUGCUGAUGCCCUACCGCCAGCGCGUGCAGUUCCUGCGGCCGUCCUUCGUGGACGGCACCAUCCGCCUCUCGCGCCUGGAGCUGGAGGACGAGGGCGUGUACAUCUGUGAAUUCGCCACCUUCCCCGCGGGCAACCGCGAGAGCCAGCUCAACCUCACGGUGAUGGCCAAGCCCACCAACUGGGUGGAAGGCGCCCAGACCGUGCUCCGCGCCAAGAAGGGGCAGGACGAUAAGGUGCUGGUGGCCACCUGCACGUCGGCCAACGGGAAGCCCCCCAGCAUCGUGUCCUGGGAGACACGGCUGAAGGGCGAGGCGGAGUAUCAGGAGAUCCGGAACCCCAAUGGCACUGUGACCGUCAUCAGCCGCUACCGCCUGGUACCCCGCCGGGACGCCCACCAGCAGUCCCUGGCCUGCAUCGUCAACUACCACAUGGACCGCUUCCGGGAGAGCUUGACCCUCAACGUACAGUACGAGCCAGAGGUGACCAUCGAGGGCUUCGACGGCAACUGGUACCUGCAGCGCUCAGAUGUGAAGCUCACGUGCCACGCAGACGCCAACCCGCCGGCCACCGAGUUCCACUGGACCACGUUGAACGGCUCCCUCCCCAAGGGCGUGGAGGCCCAGAACAGCACCCUCUUCUUCAGGGGCCCCCUCAGCUACGGCGUGGCAGGGACCUACAUUUGCGAGGCCACCAACCCCAUCGGCACCCGCUCGGGACAGGUGGAGGUCAACAUCACAGAGUUCCCCUACACGCCGGCCCCCGCCGAGCCCGGGCGCCGCCACGGCCCGGUGCCCACGGCCAUCAUUGGGGGCGUGGUGGGCAGCGUCCUGCUGGUGCUACUGGUGGUGGGCGGCAUCGUGGUGGCCCUGCGCCGCCGGCGUCACACCUUCAAGGGCGACUACAGCACCAAGAAGCACGUGUACGGCAACGGCUACAGCAAGGCGGGGGUCCCGCAGCACCACCCGCCCAUGGCCCAGAAGCUGCAGUACCCCGAGGACUCGGACGACGAGAAGAAGCCGGGCCCCCUGGGCGGCAGCAGCUACGAGGAGGAGGACGACGAGGAGGGCGGCGCGGGGGGCGGCGGCGAGCGCAAACUGGGGGGCCCCCACCCCAAGUACGACGAGGACGCCAAGAGGCCCUACUUCACAGUGGACGAGGCCGAGGCCCGGCAGGACGGCUACGGGGACCGGACCCUCGGCUACCAGUAUGACCCCGAGCAGCUGGACUUGGCCGAGAACAUGGUGUCCCAGAACGACGGCUCCUUCAUUUCCAAGAAGGAAUGGUACGUGUAGGCCGCCCCCCCACCCCGGGUCCGUCCGCGCCCCGGCCCCCGCCCGC